GGGAGCUCGGGAGAAGCGGAAAUCGCUGCAGCCGCCGCCGUCGCCGCCCAGCCGGGAAGCACCGCGGCAGCGAGGGCAGCAGCGGCGGCCGCAGCCGCCGGCGACCACCAGCAUGUGGAAGGCUACUGCAGGUCACACCAUUUCUGUCAGUCAGGAUGAUGGAGCUGAUGACUGGGAGACAAAUCCUGAUUUUGUGAAUGAUGUGAGUGAGAAAGAGCAGCGCUGGGGGGCUAAAACUGUGAAAGGAUCCGGCCAUCAAGAGCACAUCAAUAUUCAUCAGCUGAGAGAGAACGUCUUCCAAGAACACCAGAGCCUCAAAGAGAGGGAGCUUGAAACAGGACCAAAAGCCUCCCAUGGCUAUGGAGGGAAAUUUGGUGUGGAACAAGAUCGGAUGGAUAAAUCAGCUGUUGGACAUGAAUAUCAAUCCAAGCUUUCUAAACAUUGCUCUCAAGUGGAUUCAGUGAAAGGGUUUGGAGGCAAGUUUGGAGUACAAACAGAUAGAGUUGACCAGUCAGCUGUUGGGUUUGAAUAUCAAGGUAAAACAGAGAAGCAUGCUUCUCAAAAAGAUUACUCAAGUGGUUUUGGUGGAAAAUACGGAGUACAGGCUGAUAGGGUGGACAAAAGUGCAGUGGGAUUUGAUUACCAGGGUAAAACUGAGAAACAUGAGUCGCAGAAGGAUUAUGUGAAGGGAUUUGGAGGCAAGUUUGGUGUGCAGACAGACAGACAAGACAAAUGUGCGCUUGGCUGGGAUCACCAGGAGAAAGUGCAGCUGCAUGAAUCCCAGAAAGAUUACUCAAAAGGAUUUGGUGGGAAGUAUGGUGUACAGAAAGAUCGGAUGGAUAAGAAUGCAGCAACUUUUGAAGAUAUUGAGAAACCAACAUCAACUUACCAGAAGACCAAGCCAAUAGAAGCUGUCACUAAUAAAACAAGCAGCAUCCGAGCUAACUUUGAAAACCUAGCCAAGGAAAAAGAGCAGGAAGACCGAAGGAAGGCAGAAGCUGAAAGAGCACAAAGAAUGGCUAGGGAGAAACAAGAACAGGAGGAGGCUCGAAGGAAACUAGAGGAACAAGCUAAAGCCAAAAAACAAACUCCACCGCCAUCUCCUACCACACAGCCAGCUGAACAGAAGGCACCCUCAAGCCCAGUCUAUGAGGAUGCAGUUUCCUAUGAAGCAGAGUCUGCCCACAAGAGUUCUAGUGCAAUGUAUUCAGCUGCGCAUGAGCCAGAAUCUGGCUACAAAGCUGCAGAGUCGGACUACCAAGAAGCAGUAAGUCAGCGAGAACCAGCAUAUGAGCCGGAGACAGUCUAUGAAGUGGCAGGGGCAGGAGACCAUUAUCAAGCAGAAGAAAAUGCUUAUGAUGAAUAUGAAAAUGAACUUGGAAUUACAGCCAUAGCCCUUUAUGAUUAUCAGGCUGCCGGUGAUGACGAGAUUUCCUUUGAUCCAGAUGACAUCAUCACAAACAUAGAAAUGAUUGAUGAUGGCUGGUGGAGGGGUGUCUGCAAAGGCCGAUGCGGGUUGCUCCCAGCGAAUUAUGUGGAGCUGAGACAAUAGAGAUGAUUGUCUACUGGAUAUGCCUUAAUUCCACAGUCAAUAAAUCUGACUUAAUACACUACAAAUCAUGAUGCUUUUCUGAGGAUGGAGGGGUAUAUACAUACUGCUUUUAUAUUUAAUACUUUGCUGAUGCUUUUUAAAAUGUUAAUGCCACAGAAGUUGCUAAUAUAUUGUAACAAUUACAUUCUUCACUAAGGCUCUUAAAAUGAUUUUCAUGCAUUUUGAAAUAUUUCUUCUCUGCCAAAUUAGCAAUUGUCAUAAAAAGCCUUUUCAAGGGCAGUUAGCUGUCUGUCUAAUUAUUGCAUGUUUCACUCAUAAGUGAGCAGAUUUACCUAGUGUUUAAGUCUAGUUAGUCUUCCACUAAAUGUUAUCAGCUAAGAAAAUCAUGGCUAUGCAGGUUAUUUGCAUUUCCACCAAGUAGGGGGUAAAGGAGGACUGGGGAGGGGCAUAAUUUUUUAUUUUCUUUUCCAGAUAGUGUGUGAAAAGGAGAAGAGAAUGCUUGGAAGUUGCAGCUAAUGGCAGUUAAUCCAGUACUGGCCAAUAUAUAGGGAAUAGUAAAUAUUAUGAAGGAAACAGUCUGGUUACUUUUUCCUUCUUUUAAAGUGAGGUUUCUUGGCUUUUGCAUGGAUUUUCCUGGUCUUGCUCCUCCACUUCAUGUUAUUCUAGAGGAGGGCUGCAAACGCUUUAGCGCUGACUGUCCCUAAUCUCUUUCACUGCCUGUUUGCUUGUUUUACCUUCCCCUCUCCUCUGUCCCAGGGAAGCCAUAAAAAGUUGCUAUACAAGUGUUGAGUCACCCAGAGAGAUUCCUGCUUGUUCGAAGGGAAACUGACAUCCAAAUCUGUGUGACUGUCUACAGGAAUAGACUCGUUGCUUUAAAAUGGGAAAAAAAGACAGCAUGGAAUUGCAAUUGCAUUCUGUGUACAAUAAAUCUUUUGUUCAUGCAAUGAAACAGGCAGACCUGCUGUGCAGUAAUAACAUUUUAUAUAACUGUAUUUAAGUCAAGGAAUGUUACACAAAUAUUUGAUUUAAAACCAUCAUAGAUAACCUCCAUUUCUAAGCCACACAGAUACACUACUUUUUUCUAUGUUCAGCAGAAACUGCCAGUAACAUUCUACUAAACAAUGGAAUUAAUUUUCUUCUUUGCCAAAAUUAAAACUGAAACUCUUGCUAUUCUAAAAAGAUGACUUCUCUGCAGAUUCAGGGUCCCUACCAAAGAUAGUAAGUUGCAUCUAAAAAUGGACAUGUUAAAUGUAUGUACUGUCUGUUUCCACCUUCUGAUCAAAAUGGGAAUGGCAGAAUUGGUAUACUAGCUAAGAAAGAAUGCAAAAAACUUUUAUCAACUGUAAAUUUGGACCAAUGGAAUACAGAAGAACUUGUAUAAAAUGGUAAAAUGUAUAACGUAUCUAGCAAGAAGGCAUCAUGUUGAAACCAGUUCUUGAAUGGUUGGGACAAUCCUUAAUGAAUGUCAUAUGUAUGUCAUGAUUAUAUAUACAUAUAUUUUUUUUCUUUCUUUCCCACAGUCUCAUUUCUGUGUUGUAUUUGCAUUACUAGGGUUGGGUUUUAUAUGCAGUUUAUUUUAUCCAAUUUUGCAUAGACACCUCAUAGGGUAUAUGAUUUUUGUAAAUUAAAUAUUCAAUAAACUUUU